UGCAAAAUAAAGGAAUUAGAAUAAUGUAGAUGAUGAACAAUGAAUGUCUGUCAAAAAAGCAACGUUUGCAAAAAACUGUCCAUCGACUCGGUUAUUGUGUGAUUAUGUAUUGGGUGGGGAUUCAAAGUUAGUGUUAAACUUGGUACUUUCUGGUUUUACAGGUGGUUUCUUAAGUUUUGAAGCCAUAACCAGAAAUUUAAUUGAAAAAGGGUUGCGAUCGUAAUUUCUGUCAAUUUUAGUGAAUGACGUUCGCACAUUUGUUCCUCAGUUUAUAGCUGUUACUUCCCUUUUUUGCGAGUUGACAAGAAACUACGAUUAAAUCCGUAAGUAUCCGAAUGCAAAAACAUGGCCGAAUUGAGACGCUCGAUUACAUGAUCCAAAUUAUUUUGAUUUAAUUGGCAAGUUAAAGAUGGACAGAUCUGUAGUCUUUAGAAAACAGAUGAAGGAACAGGAUCCUGAAAGAUAUAAAGAAUACUUGUACAAGCAAAAGGUACGAGUGAAGGAAAGAAGAGAGCAGUUAAAGAAAGAAUUGCAAAAGAAAAAUCCAAAUCCAGUGGCAAAGCAGAAAAAGGCACAUGAAUUACAGUUGCAAAGAGAAAGACAAAGGAGGUAUUUAGAAAAAAAAAGACAGAUGAAUGGUUCUAUCAAUACUCCUUUGAAGUCAGUAAGAAAACCAGCUGUUGAAACAAGACACAGCAUACAAGCCAAAAGGGACUAUAACAGAGUAAAGAAAAGGGAAGAAAGAGCAAAGAUGUCAUACCAGAAACGAAUGUGGAAUAGGAAAAAGGACAGAGAAAGAAAAGCUAAAUCUAGAAUGAGUAAAAAGGCAAGCAUUUGUGUAACAAGUCAAUCGACAAGCCCUUUCAAGACGAAAAAAACUGAAUGGAACAUUACAAGUAAAGUUAGGGCAAUGAUGCCUGAAACACCAAAAAAAUUUGCAAAAGUGCUUGAUAACAUUGAAAAGAGGGCCACCCCAAGAAAAAGGCAGGCAUUAAAUGAUUUGAAGGAUGAUUUAGCGAAAAAGAAAAUGGUCGAGAAGAAAGAAGAUAUGAAGACAGUUAAUUCACCAAAACAGAAAAAUAAUGAGAAGAGUACUAAAAUUCAACUCAGUUCAGAUAAGCCUGCAGCACGACUUUACCUUGCAAAGCGGGCCAUGUUGAAGCGCAAAAGCAGAGUUGACGUAAAAGGCAUCCAGAUGUUUUACUUGCGGGAAGACAUAUCACGAAUUCUUCCACAGAAGAGAUUUGCUACCAAAGAAGGUCCUGGGUAUGCAAUGCAAGUAUCUGUAAAGACUGCUCAUGCGAAGUAUAAUUUUGAAAAUCAUAAAAAUGUCAGUCUUGGCAAGUUCGCAGCACUGAGAAAACGAAAUGUACGCCUGCUAUCCCUAAGUCACAGGGAUUACUGUUGCUGCCCCUACUGUACUAACAUAAGGUUUAAACUUUUGACACUUAGUAGAGUAUCUCCUGACCAGAAAUGUAAAAAGACAAAUGAAAAUGAUAUUGUCGACAUUUUGCUGUGCCCAAAGGCUGACAGUGAACAGUUUUAUGAUGCAAAAUGCAUAAAUGGUGGUUGUAAUCAGUGUUUUGAUUAUGAGAAAACACUGAAGGAAUUUUAUAACCAGAUUCCUGAAGACAAAAUCCUUACAUGGAACCGUUGGACAAAUGACACAAAUAGUGAUAAUGGUAUGGUAAAGAAAGUGGUGAUAACUGAGAAAGGUAGUAAAAAUAAACUUAUUCAAGAGAUGGUUGAAAAGGACAUUAAGAAGCCGGCACAAGGGUACACUUUCUUUCAGCACUUUUUCACAGCUCAGUGGCAGAACAAACAAUUCAAGCAAAUUAAAGCUAACCUUCCAGCUGGUUCAGUCUUGCAAGUGAUGGAUUUUGCAAAAAACCGGCAAAUCAAAUACCAAAGUGAAAUCAAAGGAGCUUUUUUCACUGCUCGGCAAGUGACAAUGCAUCCAGUAGUGACCUACUUUCAGUCUGAUGUAGGUUUAGUACGUAAUUCAAGCAUUAUUAUAUCAGAGGACAAUUGCCAUGAUUAUCAUGCCGUAAAUCACUUUGCACAUAUAGUUAAUAGUCACAUAGAAAAAAUCAUUGAAAAGCCAAAGAGACGGAUAAUAUUUAGUGAUGGGUGCAGUGCUCAAUAUAAAUCAAAGGGACCGUUUGCAGACAUUGCCAAUGAAAGAAUUGAAAUAAACAGAAACUAUUUUGGUUCAGAGCACGGGAAAAGUGAGUGCGAUGGAGAGAUUGGUGUACUGAAUAGGUCUUUGGAUAGAGCUAUUAUUGGAAAUAAAGUAGUUCUGAACAGUGCAGAAGAUGUUUAUAAUUACUGUCAGAGUCAUCUGAAAGUAGAUGAUGUACUGUCAACGCGCAAUUUUUUCUAUGUGAAGAAUGGAGAGAUCGAUAGAAACAGACCCGAAACUGAUGUGAAAACAGUGCCUAGUACUAGAAAAUUCCACCAGAUCUUGAACAGUACAAAAGAACCAGGUUUGUUAAGUGUACGGAGUUUAUCCUGUUUUUGCAAGAAAUGUGAAUCGGGGGAUUCGGUUAUUUGCUUAAAUAGGAAAUAUGUAGAAAAGUAUGCAAAGAAACAACUACAACGAAAUGAAGUGACCGUUGUAAACACAGAGGAGAAUGGUGCCAACCCUGCAGUGCCAGAAGUAAACUCGGAGAAGCAUCAUGAAAGUAAAAGCCCGGAAAAGUUGGAAUCACCAGUCAUAAAUCCAUAUUCCAGGCAAGACUACUUUCAAAUGAUAUUGAGUAAAAUGUGUCUGUGUGAAUCCUUCGGUGAUUUGCAGAUCAUAGUGCCUGAAAUAGAGGAUGAGGUAAGAGAACUCUACGGAGACAUUAACUUCAACCCUGACAUCAAUGUAGUUAGUCAUGGGCUUACAGUUGACAGAGUGGCACAUAAACAACCUUUAAACAAUCGGACAGUUGAAGCAACAUUGGGCAAAUUUCCAGUAUGUGUUCAGGGAGAUGGAAAUUGCCUACCACGGUCCGGGAGCAUUUUGUCAUUUGGGGACGAAGAUCAUCACACUGAAAUACGUUGCCGAAUUGUCAUCGAAAUGGUAACAAACAUUGAUCUUUAUUUGAGUGACGAGCACCUUAAAAAUGGGACAGUCCUAGUUGAAAAAGAGGCGCGGCAACUUGUAAAGACUUAUGCAAUGUUUUCUGAACACUACAUCCCUGGAACACGGUUGGUACCAAGAACUAUCUUUAAAAAAGAAGUUAUGGAGGCGUGUAAGGACAAAACAUACAUGGGUAUUUGGCACAUCUUUGCUCUUAGCUCGGUAUUACAUUGUCAAUUAUUUUCAAUGUACCCUCAGCUGGGAUCGGAAUUAUACAGUACCACAUUGAACAGAUUGAUUAUUCCCAAGCAAGAUGAUGGUUCAGGGAUUGGCAAUAUAAUGUGGUCUUCUACAAGGCAAGACAUGACUGCAAGUAAUUGGAUACCGAAUCACUUCGUACCAGUAGUAAACACCACAGUUCCGGAGAGUGCGUCAUUUGUCGAGGAAUUGUUUGAAGAAGACAACGAGCUGCCUGAACUGGACUCGAGCACUUUUAAUAGUAUUUGGGCAGAUCUAAACUACGAAGAGCUAUUAAAUGGUAAUGCAGCGAUACCCGAUGUUAAUAUGCAGGAAGAUGUUGAAGCAGGCCAAUCAGUUUCAAGUGUCUCGGAGCAUUUGAAGACUUGUGGCGAUGAUUUGGCGGACAGUUUGAUUGAAGACAUUGGUAUACCUGCUACCAAGCAAAGUGACUCGAAGCAUUUGAAGACUUGUGGCGAUGAUUUGGCGGACAGUUUGAUUGAAGACAUUGGUAUACCUGCUACCAAGCAAAGUGACUCGAAGCAUUUAAAGACUUGUGGCGAUGAUUUGGCGGACAGUUUGAUUGAAGACAUUGGUAUACCUGCUACCAAUCAAAGUGACUCGAAGCAUUUGAAGACUUGUGGCGAUGAUUUGGCGGACAGUUUGAUUGAAGACAUUGGUAUACCUGCUACCAAGCAAAGUGACUCGAAGAAUUUGAAGACUUGUGGCGAUGAUUUGGCGGACAGUUUGAUUGAAGACAUUGGUAUACCUGCUACCAAGCAAAGUGACUCGAAGCAUUUAAAGACUUGUGGCGAUGAUUUGGCGGACAGUUUGAUUGAAGACAUUGGUAUACCUGCUACCAAGCAAAGUGACUCGAAGCAUUUGAAGACUUGUGGCGAUGAUUUGGCGGACAGUUUGAUUGAAGACAUUGGUAUACCUGCUACUAAGCAAAGUGACUCGAAGCAUUUGAAGACUUGUGGCGAUGAUUUGGCGGACAGUUUGAUUGAAGACAUUGGUAUUCCUGCUAUCAAGCAAAGGUUGUUCAAACCCAUGAGCUGCACAGAGAGGAGAAAGUCUAUGGAUUGUGGGUCCAGUUCUAUAAGAAAGGAAAGCGACAAUUAUGGACAUUGGAGGAGAAAUCUUUCUUUGUUUGUUGGGAGGAUAUCAUUAAACAAGUUGCUGAACCUUUACUGUCUAUGCAUGGAUCUAGAUAAUACUACAAAUUUUGAGUGUUUGGUGUACAGUUACACUUAAUAGCCCAUCAGAAAGGCCGACAUGGUGACUGGUGCUUUUACAUCCAAUUUGGUGCAGACUGUUUUCAUACUUUCUUACAAAAACUGUUAGAAAUAUAAUAUAUCUUUUGAAAAGUUUCAAUAGCCAUUGUCAGAUUAUUUUGUAAAAUACGUUCUUUAGUGCCUAGAACAGUUGAUGGCCAGUGUUUUGACAGUUAAUUUCGGAUAAUGUCCAAGUAAAUUUACAUAAUUUACUUGUUUGCUUUUUGAAAACUU